GGGGUACCAGCCCUGUUGGUACUUGGGAGGCAGCAGUUAUAAAAGAAACCCACAGGGAGAGCACCCAGGGGCCGGGGAACACACAGAGCCAGCUCUUGACAGGACUCUCAGAUGCCCAGCUCCUGUGAAAUGGUGCCAAGGCUGGUGUGCUGAUGCCUGGCUGUGCCCAUCCACCACCCAAAGAUGAUGGCCAGUGGGAUGCCAGUUUUCCUGCUCCUCCUCUGGACAACAAACACACCUCAAGGUGCAGGAGUCCAGGUUUUGCCACCUGUUAACUUCACCCUCACAGUCUCUGCAUUAGCACAAGUGCUGUUACACUGGGAGCCAAACCCUGCUCAGGAACAAAACAACUCCACCAUUAGAUACGAUGUGAAAAUCCUGAGCCCUGAGCCAGAAGAGUAUGACACCAGCAGGACUCACAGUGUGCGAACAGUGGCGCUUCACAACGGCUUCUCCGCCCGCGUGCGCACCUUGCUCCUCCAGGGGCACCUCCAGAUGAGCAGCGACUGGGUGGAGGCAAACCUCCCACCUCUGCCAGGUGCUGCAGAGACCUCUGUCACCAACCUGUCCUGUGUCACCCACGUCACCAUCCCUGGCAAUGUCUCUCUCCGUUGCACUUGGCUGCCUGGCCGAGGGGCUCCAGAAGACACCAAAUACUUCCUGUUUUACAGGUAUGAGAUGCACACAGAGGAAUGUCCCGCCUACACCAAAGACAGGUGGAGCAGGAAUACUGAGUGCAGAUUUUCAAGUACUCAGAUUGAACCUGGUGAGAUUGACAACCUCAUUGUCAUUCACAUUAAUGGCUCCAGCAAACGUGCUGCAAUCAAGCCUUUUCAGCAGUUAUUUAACCAAAAUGCCAUCGAGAAAGUGAAUAUUCCCAGAAACAUCAGCAUAUCCCUGGAGCAAAGCGAUCUCCUGGCCGUGUGGGAGAAGCCAAUUUCUCCUUUCCACGAGGAAUGUUUUGAAUAUCAAUUUUGUCUCAUCAACCUGAAGUCAGGGAACAAGCAGACGCUGAGGAUCUCCUCCCGCAGUUUCCGGCUGCGGGUGGAUGUCAGCAGCAGGUACUCCAUCAGGAUCCGGGCCAAGCACACCCCUGUCUGCCGUGCCCCCGGGCUCUGGAGUGACUGGAGCCAGAUCCUUUACGUCGGACAAAAUAAACCGGAGAGUUCCACAGCCUGGAUUCUCACUCUGCUCUGUGUGUCCACGUCCUGCACAUUGCUGCUUGUUGCUAUAAUAUGCCAAAUAAACCACGUUUGGAGUAAACUGUUCCCACCAAUCCCAAUGCCCAGCAACAAAUUCCGAGAGCCUUUCCCAAUUGACUACGAGAGAGCACGGACCUGCCCCAGCUCCACGGAGACCGAGGUGGUCAGCCUGGCUGAAGGCUUCUCCUGCAGUGUCCUCGACGACUCCGUGUUCUGAGAGGCUCCACAAGGUCACCCCCCAACCCUGGAGAGGGCUCUGUGUCACCUCUCUGUGUCCCUGCUCCCAGUGGGGAGGACCAUCUGCCCCCACCAGGUGCCUUGUUACCAAACAGAAACUUCCAGCUCAAGCCGGAUGGAAGUUCAUGGUACAAGGGCUGUGUAGGGAAAAAAAAAAGUUUGGAAAAGAGCCAAUGGAUUCAUUUUUUCUGGUUGGCACCUUAAUCUUUUGGAUGUUCGUUUUACCUUGCUCUGACAACUGGAGGUGCAAACUGGGUUUGGCACAACCCUGUGGAGGCAGCAAGGUGGUGCUGGCAGUGACAAACACUGGGAAAAGAAGAAAAAAGGUGUGAAGCACUCAGUGCUGUCACCCCCAGGGCUGCAGAGCAAGGCCACCAUGAGAGCUGGGACACUCACCUGGCCCUUGCUGCUGCGCUUUGUAAUGAAACUGUGAGUUUCCACCUGAAAAACAUCCAUGGAAAUGCAAUUCCUGGGUCAGGCAGGUGUGACUGUGCAGCCAGACCACCCUGUGUGGGGACAGUGCAGUGUCCCCUGUGCUGCUCAAAGGCACCUAGCCUUGCUUUGCCAGGGACACAGCACCCUUUUGGGAGGGAGGGCAACACCUGGGACCAGCUCAGCUGCCCACAGCGUGGUGCUGAUCACACCAAGGCUGUGGUUUGAUCCCUGUAGGGACCACUGGGCUCAAUCCUUGUGGGAUGUGUCCAACUCAGAACAUUCUGUGAUUCUCUGAUCUGUCUCAGGACUUUAUAAAAGGCCAAAAACUUCUGGGGUUUGUAGGUUAUUUAAGACAAGUUUGCUUGUGCACCUGACUACUCCUGUGAGCAAAGCUACACUGUGCCUGCUCCUUCUGUACGCUCAGGCACCACAUUUGAGUAUAAACCAGAGUUUCACCUGUGAAUUUUACAUUCCUGAGGGAGGGAAUCCUGCUGGGAUGGGAUGGGAUGGGUGGGAUACCCUGCCCAGCUGGCUGCUCCCCAGGACCUCAGCCCUGGGCAGGCUCAGGACACUCACAGGGGGCUCCUUUCCCAUCCAAGGCUCUUUGUCAGGCUCUGACAUCAGCUGGCAGCAUCUGCAGGAGGACAACCAGCGAUUGUUUGUGCUUUCUGCCACCAGAGAUUAAAGCUUAAGCAGGGGAAAUAAGAAAAAAAAGAAAAAAGAGAAAAAUGCAUAAACAGAUAAACUUCCUCAAUUGCACCAACAAAACAAACCAGCCUGGGAACAGAGUUAGCAAAUGUGAAACCAUUACAGAAAUGUGCCAAGGAUUGCCUGGUGCUCUUGAGAGCCUGAGCUGCAACGAGCUGGGCUCUUCCUGGGUGUGCAAUUCCAGUCAUUCUGGAAAUCCAAGCCCAAUAUUGCAGCCUGUUUUUUUUGCUCUCUGCUGUUCCAUCUUAGAUGGCCUGGGUUUGAGACAGCCUCAGUUUCUGAUUUAUUUAUUUCCCUGUGCUCUGUGGGAGCUCCCAAAUCAACCUCCUGCCCCAGACCUCAGGCUUUGACCUCCCUGGCUGUGGCCCAUGAAGUUCUCCCAGUCUUGCAGAAUUCCUUCUAAUUCCAAGAAACCUCCUGUCCACGGGGCUGGGUUAAACACUUUAACAAAGAAUGAAAAUAAAGAUUUGAUCCAGCCAAUAAGUUCUUUGGAAGGUGCCUCAAGAAAUGGAGUUCCCAGGUACUACAGACUAAAAAUAAUUACAAUAAAUGAGCCAGUUCUCAUCUGGGUGAAGUAGCAUUGCUCCAUCAAAAUUAAUGCAGCUCAUUAAUAUAACGUUGGUGCCUCCAAUGUCUCUCCUGCAUGUGCUUUUAAUGGAUUUGAGGAGCCCAACUUUAACACUCUAAAAUCAGAAUUUCAUUAGUAAAAUCCUAAAAAUGAGACUAAAGAGAAUUCACUUAUUGGGCUAUAUUUUAUAUCAUGCCUUCAAGUGGCCUAAUAAAUAAUGUUUCUGCACAUAACUCCAUACCCAUUAGUGCCA